CGCGCGCAGUUCAUGCAUCGAUAGUCGACCGUUCGCGGCUCGACAGUCACCCGCGUGCGAGUCGAAUUACUUGUAUUUUUUAGUUUAGUGAUAAAGAAGUUUAUAAAAAAAUAUAAAAAAUAGUGACAGGCAAAAACAAUUAGGACGUCACCGUCACCUAAUAAUAUUAAACUCAUAUUUGUUGAGCUGUUUGCUUGGAUAACGUCAGUGAAAUGUUACCGCCAAGAUGGCGACACACAAUAUCAAAAUUGUUUAUAAUCCCUCAGCGGUACGUCCUGGGCAUCAUGGGUCUACUGGCUGUUUGCAACGCAUACACUAUGCGCGUGUGUCUCAAUCUGGCUGUCACGCAGAUGGUCAACAAUACCAAAGAUGUGGAGUCACAUUACGACCCAGAUGCUUGUCCUGAUGAUAGCGAAAUCCUGAAUGGAACAGUCAGUUCAAAACUGUACGCAAUAUUCGAUUGGUCCGAAUCGACUCAAGGGCUUAUCCUCAGUGGAUUCUAUUACGGAUACGCCAUUACCCACGUCCCGGGAGGAUACUUAGCCGAAAGAUAUGGUGGCAAAUGGACACUGGGCAUCGGGCUAUUGAGCACAGCUAUAUUUACACUACUCACGCCAAUUGUAGUGAAAGCCGGCGGAGCUACAUGGCUGUUUAUACUUCGAGUACUACAGGGAAUGGGGGAGGGUCCAACAAUGCCUGCCUUGAUGAUAGUGUUAGCUCGUUGGGUUCCUCCCCACGAACGUUCAAGGCAGGGUGCUUUGGUGUUCGGUGGAGCACAAAUUGGAAAUAUAUUCGGAUCCUUUAUGUCAGGUUUCCUUAUGGCUGGAGACGGAGAUUGGGCUAAUGUGUUUUAUUUCUUCGGCUGUUUCGGUAUCUUGUGGUUUUUGGCUUGGAGCAUCUUAUGUUAUAGUACGCCCAAUACUCAUCCCUACAUUUCAGAAGAAGAAUUGAAAUAUUUAAAUGAAACGGUGACCAGCGCAGACACAAAAAGUGUUAGGGAUCCUGUGCCCUGGAAAGCUAUCGUAAGAUCUGUUCCAGUUUGGGCUCUGCUAUUUGCAGCUGUGGGUCACGAUUGGGGCUACUAUACAAUGGUGACAGAUCUUCCUAAAUAUAUGACAGAUGUUCUCAAAUUCAAUAUUGCAACUACGGGUACACUUACUGCCAUACCAUAUCUAGCUAUGUGGAUUAGCUCCUUCAUCUUUGGCUGGGUCUGUGAUAUUUGUGUGACAAGAGGCUGGCACUCGAUAAGGGUUGGCAGAAUAAUUCACACUACUAUAGCUGCUACCGGUCCUGCAAUUUGUAUCAUAUUGGCUUCGUAUUCCGGUUGUGAUCGGUUUGCAGCCGUCGCCUAUUUUAUUGCAUCUAUGGCGCUUAUGGGUGGUUUCUAUAGUGGCAUGAAGGUAAAUGCUUUAGAUUUGGCUCCUAACUACGCCGGGUCACUAACUGCUAUGAUCAAUGGGACAUCUACAAUAUCUGGAAUUAUCACUCCAUAUCUAAUAGGUCUCUUGACACCUGAUUCAACAUUAGCACAAUGGCGAGUGGCAUUCUGGGUAUGUUUUGCUGUAUUAGUUGGAACCAAUGUGGUGUACAUCUUCUGGGCAGAUGGUAAACAGCAAUGGUGGGAUGAUGUGAGACAGUAUGGGUAUCCAUCGGAAUGGAAACAUGGACCACUGAAAACUGCAGAUUUAGAUAAGGAAAAAAGUAAGAAGGCUAUAAAAGAAAAAUCUACAUCGAGUUAAAUAAAAAUAGAUAAUCGUUCACUGAGUUAUGUAUUUGGAACAUUAAAAGUUCUUACUUUGAAGUUAACUUCAUACAUAGAUUUGUAAUAAAGGCAAAAGAAUACCUACACUUCUAUUACUGAAAGGGCGACGAUACUAAUUUUAUUUUUUAUUUUUGUUAAACUAAUUUAUUGUAUGUGUAUAACAGUAAUAUUUAAUAAUAACAAAGGAAUUAAUAGCAUUGAUAUAUAAAACCUAAGACUCAUAUUCCCAUACAAAAUUUACUUAAAGUAUAAACUCAAAUCUAAAUAAUAUAGAAUAAAUUAGUACUUACCGUAAAACAAGAUAUGAGUGGAGUUAUAUAUAUAGUACUAACUAUGAAACUCCGUCGCUAGAUGAUUUUAAAAAUAAAAAAAAGUAUGUUCGAACUUUUGAUUAUAAACGUCACUGGUUGGUUUGAAAUUUAAUCGUAUAUUGCAAUAUUUAGUGUUGUUUUUAGUGUAUGAUUGUGUAUUUUAAAUUUUUUAGAACUAUAUAAAUUAAUCUAUUAAUGUAUGAAAUGGAUUCGGGUUUUAUAUCCACAGUAGAAUCUCGAUUAUCCGAAUUAUAUAAGAUUAGGGGUAUUUCGAUUAAUCGAAAAUCUGGAUAAUCGAUUUAAAAGUCUAAUCAAACAGUAAUUAAAUAUUAUUAUUUUUUUAUUAUAAAAAAUUACGAGCUAUAAAGAUAAUGGAUUACAUAAUACCUAUGUAAUUUAAAAUUUUGUUUGGAAAUAAUUAGUUAUUAUUAUUUAACGUAAUGAAUCAAACGAACCCUGAUGCUCUUCAGUUGUAACAAUUGUAUGGGAUCAGAUUCGUCCUGUCUUGUCCGGAUAAUUGAAUAUUCGGAUAAUAGAUGUUUGGAUAAUCGAAAUUUCACUGUAUAUUUCAUAGUAAAUGAAAAUGGAUAAUUUAUUAUUUUUAAUACAUAAUGCACUCAUUACAUAAUCCUAAAUUAAAAACAUUUUUAUUAUAAUAGACUCGAUAGAUUCGUAUUGGUUCAGUAAAUAGACACUGAUAAAAAGUACAUAGUCACCUUCUACGUUGGAUUUGUAUAUGUUCAGCGGAAUAUGAAUAUAUCGAAUUUUAUCUUCACUAUAAAGUCAAUAAUUGAGAUGCCUUUGAUUACCACUUUAGGGUAUAGUCAACAGAAUUUUUAAGUACAAAACAAGUAAUUAAUUUCAAGUAUUAUUCUAGUUUUUUUUUUUAUCAUAAGAAAAUUUAUAAUACAGAGAUAUAUCUGUAAGUCUAUUGAACAUUUAUGUUUUCAUAUUCUAAAAUAGGUUAAAUCUUUGAAGUUUGCCACCUUAAUAAAAUUUUGAGUCAUUGUUAAUAAAAGAAACGUAAAAAUAUGAAAAGACUAGCAUGCACUUAAUUUUUUUCGAGAUUCUUAUUAUACAUAACAGGUACCUGUUUGAAAAUAUUUUGGUCAUUAUUUUUAUAUUAAAACUAGGUUACAUUUUAACAGAUUCAACAACAAGAUGCGAUAAAAUUUGUAAUUACUUUUAAAAUGUACACUGAAAAUCUACUUAUUACUUUUGAAAUAAAAAAAAAGUAAGUACACUUGAAAAAUUUUCAUUUGAAUUUUUAUAAGCAUUUUUAUUUUCUGUGAAGAAUUGUAGAAUCUUUUUUUUUAUAAAAUUAAGAUAUUUAGUUUAAAAACUAUUAUUUUUGCAGAAUAUAAUAAUGUCGGAAUCAGACAGGGUAAAUUAAGUAGUUAAGAAGUGCCAUUUAACUAUAACUUUUCUUAUAAAUUAAUAUUUAUUGUAGAAUGUAGACCAGUUUACCGUAUUUACACUGGUCUUACAUUUUUAUCUACAAUUAGAUCAUUCUAAAUGGCUACAGUUUCUGUGAUUAUAAUAAUAAAAUAUAGUUCAUAUUUUUUUAGAUUUAGUACAACACACAUAUAUGUAUAAAUGUAUGUAUAUGUAUAUACGUACAUAUAUACAGAUUGUAUGUAUAUACUAGAAACACUUUAGAAUAAUAAAAUUAAUCAUAUAAUAAAUAGACAGUGUUGAUUAUUGUAAUUUAGUGAAACAUUAAAUUAUUUUAUAUUCUUUUCAAUAACAUUUAACAUUCUAAAUCCAUUGUAUUUUUUGUACAUCUUAAGAACAGUAUUUCAUUUUAAUAUUAUUUUCAAUCUAAGCAAUAAACACUUAAACUUUUCCACAUACGUUAUAAUUGACAAUAAACGUGUAACUGGUUUCGCUUUUAUGACAUUUCAAAGGAAUUUAUGGGUAAUAAAAUUAGUACUUAUUAGUAGUCGUGAAUAAUAUGCAAUAUUAGUAGUAUAUCAGUAGUAUUAUAGCAAUAAAUCUUUUCAAAAUCCUUUAGAGUCGAAACCGGUUAGAUACUUUUAUAAACAUCAUUUAUGGAAAUUUACAAAAGUUUUGAAAUAGUUUUUUUUUUUCAUUUUAUAACAGAUUUUUUUAUUAUUAAAUACAGAGUGAAAUAUUCUAUUCAAGUUAGUUUUUAAUUUAAAAUAACUUUUCUUAAUAAGAUAAUAAUUAAACUACGUGAAAUAAAGAAAAUAGUUACUAUUAACUGCUAUUCAAAUUAACUGCUAACUAGCCACUCUAGCAAUAAAUAUUAUAAGCGUUAUCUAAUUAUAUACAACAUUUAAAUAUCAUGGUAUCAUGCGAUUAUCAUAUGUAAUAUAUGAUACAUUACAUACGUGGUAUAUAAUUAAAAUACCCUAACUGUAUUACAUUUUUAAGAAGAAACGUAAAAAAGAUAAUUGCUUAUAUAUUUAGUUUUGCGAUUAAGUAAAAAAAAAAAAAACUUCUUUCACUUAAUUUGAUUACUAAAAAGUUAAAUUAAAUAUGUUGUACUUAUGUCAUUUUAAAUAGAUGUAGUAAACAUCGCAAAGACAAAAUUAAAUUAUAUUCUCUACGUUUGCAUUAAUUUUAGAAAAUUAGUAAGAUAUGCUAUUUUCUUAAUAGUUGAUGCAUGUAAAUAAUGUGUAUUGACAUUAUGUAAAUUUUGAUCAUCAUCAUCCUUUGGUCACAAUUGUUUGGGACAAUCACAAUAUGUGAUUUUUUGUAUUUCGAGUAUAUUUCGUGUAUACAGUUGAUGUGAUUGUAUAAUUGUAUUAAAUAUAAUAUACCUAUGUAAAUAAAA